AUGCCAGCACGUGGCCUCAGCUGUGGAGAGGAAGUGGAGCAGGCCUUGGAGAUCAUCUCCCAGCCAGUGGAGGAUGAGAACCAGUACUUGGCUCCUCCAGUGCAGCUGGUGAGUUUUGGCUACAGAGAUCUGCCCCUUGCAGCUCUUGACCUCUCGCUGGCUGGCUCUCAGCUCCUCUCCAACGCAGAUGAAGAUGAAAACAGAGAAGGGUCCAACUGGCUGAAGCCUUGCUGCGGUCGCCGAGUGGCCCUGUGGCAGGUCUGUCUGCUCAGCGCUGGCUUCAACUGUAUCCUGGUGGCCUGUGUCAUCCUGGUGGUGCUUUUCCUGUCCUUGGAACUGCUCAUAGACACCAAACUCCUACAAUUUUCCAAUGCUUUCCAAUUUGCCAGCAUUAUACACUGGAUCAGCCUUAUCAUCCUGUCACUCUUCUUUUCAGAGACUGUCUUCAGAAUUGUAGUGCUCGGGAUCUGGGACUACAUAGAGAACAAAGUUGAGGUGUUUGAUGGUGCUGUCAUCGUGCUGUCCCUGGCCCCCAUGGUGGCCUCCACGGUGGCCAAUGGGCCCAGCAGCCCCUGGGAUGCCAUCAGCCUCAUCAUCACUCUACGCAUCUGGAGGGCCAAGAGGAUCAUUGACGCAUAUGUGCUACAAGUCAAAGUUGAGAUGGAAUUGGAGAUCCAGCAGUGUGAGAAGACCAAGGCUGUGAGAGAGGAGCAGCUGGAGCGUCUCACUCAGAUCUGCCAGGAACAGGCUUUUGAGAUCAGGCAGCUGAGGGCCCAUCUGGCCCAGCAGGACCUGGACCUUGCUGCAGAACGUGAAGCAGCCAUGCAGAUCCACCAUGUAUGGAGCAAACAGGGCAGGAGUUUUCAGGUUGUAGAAGGCUUGACUCCUGGGGAGUCUGAUGAUGAAGGCAGCCAGAGAAACCCCAGGGAGCCUCAUGCUACUGCAGAUCCGGUUGUGCGUGAUGAUAUGAACAACUACAUCAGCCAAUACUACAGUGAAGCAAGCAGUGAUGCUGGAGCUUCUGGCUUAGGUGCCCGGGUCAUCACCACGGCAGCCAUCGACGUUCACCUCCCCACCAAUUCAAAUCCCAUCCAGUCAAACUCGAUGCUUGGUGAGCGGGUGGGCAGCGGCGUAAGUGACGCCUCAACCAGCAUAUCUAGGUCCAGUGGCAGCCAGACGGCCCGCCCCCACAGCCUGAGUAGCCACACCCCGGGUUCGUCUAUGACGGACUGCAGCAGCAGCACAGCUCAGGACCUCAGUCUGAGCUACAACACCCAUCGCUGGUGCCCUCCUUCCUUCUCAGGCCAGGACCCCAGCAGGAACCCUUGCAGGGACCCCAGCAUGGUGGUGCAGGAGCUACUCUCCUCCUCUGAGGACUCCUGCCUUGCUCAAAAGGGCCUGGUAGUAGACCCUGUCAACCUUAAGCUUCCCAGCCCUACUGGCUCAGAAAAGGCCAGCCCUGAGCUGGACAACAGAAUAAACAUCUUCAACCGCAGGAACCAAGAGGAGAGACGAGGCCGGGGAAGGGGGUGUGUGCUGUUGCAGACUAAGCCACUGAUCCACCUGCAGGGCAGCACCACUGAGCCGUCCCUGGAGGAGAAGUACAGGCUCCUGGGACCAGCUGACACACCUCUGGGGCACAUGCCUGAUACAUAG